GGAAAAGACCAAGAUGACAGGAGGAAGGAAAGUGACAGAGGAGAAAGGAAAGCGAGGACAUUGAUAACAGGGGAAGAAAAGAAACGAUAGAAGGCAGGAAAGGGAAGGGUAGAAGAAAAAAGACGGGGAGAGAAGGAAGGACAAGGAAGGAAAGGACUGAAGGGAAAAACAAAAGGGACAAAAAAGGUAGAAGAGAAUGAGAGAAAGGGAAAUCAGUGAAGGGGAAGAAAAAUAAACAAUAUGAAGCGGGAAAGGAUGGAAUAGAGGAAGGGAAGGGGAAAAGAGUGACAGAAAGAAGGAAAGACAAGGGCUAAAAAGAAGAAAAAUAGGAAGCCAGCCAGAAAGAAAGAAAGAAAGAAAGAAAGAAAGAAAGAAAGAAAGAAAGAAAGAAAGAAAGAAAGAAAGAAGUGGGUGCUGAGAUAGUAGAAUUGGUUGCAGGGUAUACAUAUUUUCCAGUGGUUCUCUCCUUUCAACACACACAGUAAUAAUUGUCUGUAAAUUAAAAUCUGAUCGAACCUCUCCAGAGCCCAGCUAGAACAUUUCUCAGGAAUGUGUUGUUUUUAAGGAGUUUUUACAUAGGGGAACAUGAACAAUAUGCGCCUUCCACCUGCAGUCUGAAGUGGUGCAGCGUGCUCCUCCGUCCUAGGAUUCUACCACCUUAUUCCAUCGCACUUGUAAACUAGGCUAAAGAUUUGGCCUGAUGGUGCCGUCAUGAAAGCGAUGGCCACGUGAGAAUGAACAUGAGCCUCCUCAUAGGGAAUGCAGUUUGGCACAAAAAGUAUCUGUGCACAGUGAAGAAAUAAAGUGGAACAGAAAUCCCAAAGCACCUUUAAGAACUCAAAAUGAUUCCAGCGUAAGCUUUUUGUGAGUUGGGACCCACUUCAUCAGAGGCAUUGGAAUAUACAUCCAGGAUUUCAUUCCUGAAUAACACUUUCAUAAAUCUCCAGAUGUGGGAAAGGAGGACAAACAGGCAGUAAUGAAGGACAGAAUGUAAAAAACUUUGAGGGCAGAGGACAGAGAUCUCCCUUGAACUUUCCCCAAAAGUUCUUUCCACACACCUCUCUCAUUCAUGUAACAGUUGCCAGACCCUAGAUGUGGAGGUCUCAGUUCUGGAAUUGAAGAAGAACUCCUUGGCAGCUGUUCCCAUCACCUAAUCUGGAAGGAACCCGGAUAUCCUCACCUGUGGAGGAAUUAUGGGUUGUCAUUCAUCUCUGCACACACCCCUCCGAGGAGGCUAUUUAAAGAUGAGCCGGAGAGCUGCACCCUCAGACAGAGAAGGAAGAAUAGGCAAGGCAAAAAACUCAGGAUGUACGACAGCAUUGGGGCGACCUUAGCGUCCACCUUCUUCCUCGUCCUCCUUGAGCCUGGCUGGGUGGCAUCCCGAGCGUGCUCGUACCCAUGCCAGUGUCCCACACAGCCCCUCCAGUGUCCUGUUGGCAUCAGCCUUUUGCUGGACAGCUGUGGAUGCUGCAAGGUGUGCGCCCGGCAGCUUGGUGAGCCGUGCUCCCUCCGGAAACCCUGCGAUCACCAUAAAGGACUCUACUGCAAUUUCUCCAAAACCCACAGAGACAGCGGGAUCUGCUUGGCUCAUGAAGGGGCCACCUGUGAUCUGCUGGGCAAAAUCUAUCUGAAUGGUGAGACCUUCCAGCCCAGCUGCAAACUGCAGUGUAUCUGUUUGGACGGCGCCAUUGGUUGUAUCCCCCUCUGCUCUGACAGUGUGUGGCUGCCUUCCCCGGACUGCCCGUUCCCUCGCCGGAAGAAAGUACAGGGCAAAUGCUGUGAAGAGUGGGUCUGUGAAGAGUGGGCCACUCAGAAGAAACCCUUUGAAAAGGGUAUGGCAGUAUACAGGGACAAUCCCUCCCCAAAACCUGAUCUUCAGCUCAACAAUCUCCAGGAAAACUGCUUGGUACAAACCACGGAGUGGAGCUCCUGCUCGAAGACCUGCGGCAUGGGCAUCUCCACGCGGGUAACCAACAACAACCCUCAGUGCCAACUGGAGAAAGAGAGCAGGCUUUGCAUGGUCCGAUACUGCAAUGUCCCUUUGGAGAGGAGCAUCAAGAAGGGGAAAAAGUGCGUGAGGAAUCCAAAACCCCGCAAAGCGAUCCACUUUGAGUUCACAGGCUGUACCAGCACACGCACCUACCGGCCCAAGUUUUGUGGCAGCUGCGUGGACGGGCGCUGCUGCACUCCGCACACAACCAACACCGCGGAAGUGGAAUUCCAGUGCCCGGAAGGAGACUCUUUUGUGCGCAAGAUGAUGAUGAUCAAAUCCUGCUCCUGCCAUUAUGACUGCCCGGUGGACAAUGAUAUCUUCCUGGCUAUCAACCACAGGCGAAUGGUUGGGGACCAUGUUGAAACAGAGAGGCAAUAGAUCUUCCCCAUCAUGGGGCCGUGGCUCAUUGGUAGAAUAUCUGCUUGGCGUGCAAAAGGUUCCAGAUUCAACCCUUGGCAUCUCCCGUUGAAAGGAGAAAACCGUGGGAAAGACCUUCUCAAAUCCUGGGCAGCCACCAGUCAGAUUAGGCAAUACCAGUUUUGAUGGACCAAUUGUUUGAUUCACUAAAUGGCAGCUUCAUGUGUCCAUGCGUGUUCCUGCUUCCCAAGAUGCUUCUUGCUGCAGUUGCUCCAAGAUGCUGCAGUUGAUCCUUGGGACAAAGCCAUGACUGAAUGAGGAGGUUCUCAGGAACAGAAGGCUCUUUAAGAAGGAUGGUGGCCUGGCAGGUCUUGGUGCUGUGUGCUGUUGUUCACACCUAGCAUUUCAUGUUCUAGAGGUGAAUUUAAAACAUUAGCCAAGUCUCAGUGGACAGCUCAGGCCAGAAAGCUUGAGAUCUAGCUGUGCAAAUACUUGGAAAUCAGUCACUCUGAUGGCUUUUGCAUAGUAUGGAUAUCACACACAUCUUAGAUGCCAGCCGCAGAGGCAGGUGAAACGUCAGGAGAAAACGCUACUGGCACAUGGCCAUAUAAUUCGAAAAACCCACAACACUCUAGAAUCAAUAUGAAUGCUAUUGCAAGGACAAAGUUCUUCUUGCCGAAGGACCUUUUGGAAUCUUCCUGAGAGGACAACUUAAUUUGUUAUUAAGAAAUCUUACCAUUCAUAGGUCCGGCUCCCCUUCGAUGUCCCACUACUAGUCACAUUAUGGUGCCAUCUCCAAUCACCAGCCUGCAGUUCCACCACAUCCAGAGGAAGCACGAGAGGACGGCCACCGGAUAGCUUGUCUCUGGUGCAGAGGUGCUACAUGGCUCCUCUUUUCGGAAUGGUAGUGAUCACUGAAAUAUUUGCAAUCAUUUACCUCUCCUUGUUUUCUAUCUGCCUGUCCCAACAGAAGAUCAGAAACUCUUCUUUUAAGAGAGAAGUUUGGCCAUGUGGGUUUCUUGGAUUCCACUUUCCACUGUAAACACCAUUGUAAUUAUUACUAUUAUUUUUAAGCCUUUGUAUAGUUACUUAUCAUAAGCAGACUUUUUAAAA